AUGGGCAUCAAACUAUCACCAGCAGGAAGAAGGCUAGCAACAAUUAUCGUAUCUGCACCUUUUGCAGUGGUUACUACAUGGAUUCUUUAUAAAAGAGUUGUUCUUGGUGAGGAGCCUCGUGCAUUUGAUGGAAUACCAGUUCGUCCUGUAGGUGUCAAGGAGCGUGACGAACGAGACAAUAAGGUUGUGUAA